CAAUUAUACAGGUACUGGGUAUUUUUUCGGUUUUUUGUUUUUUGACAUGGCUGAGAGACAAGUGGUAGAUCAGCAGCAGCAAAGUGAUGCACAGAUGCAAUCUCCAACGGCUCCGAGGGAAGACAUGGUUUCGUGUGUAAUGGCGCUGGAGGCUGCUUUGCUUCCAUGCUUGCCUGCUAAGGAGCUUCAAGCGAUUGACCGCUCUCCCCUCCCCUCUCAUCAGAUUGAUGUGGAGAGGCAUGCCAGAGACUUCAUGGAAGCUGCCAAAAAGCUUCAAUUGUACUUCAUCGGUCUGCAACGUGAGGAUCAGCCAACGAAGGCUGAGCAACUAAGAAAGGAGAUUGAUGCAAUGGAAGAGGAGUUGAGGAUAAAGACUGAGAUUAUUAAGAAGCAUGAAAGGUUGAUCCAAGGGUGGAAAAAGGAGCUCAAAGACCAAUUGGACAAGCACAACACUGAGCUUGAGAGGGUCUAGUGACUCGAGCAAUACAAUGGUAGUAAUCUAACGGAAUUCCGUUUGUUGGUCGAUCAUUUGGUAGCAUCCGUAAUGACCAUCUCUCUGUGUUUCUUUAACAUCUUUUGUAAUUCAACUGUAUCGUGUACAAAUUAUGAUCAGUAAAGAUUAAAAAUGUUGAUUCUACUGUC